AAAGUAAUCAGGGAGAGCCGGAGAGGUCAAUUCGGGAAACAAGAUAUGCGACAUAAAUUACAAACCAAAACGUAAUAAACUACAAUAACUCUCACCGGUUGACAUUAUAAUCUCAAUCUCUCCCAACUCACAACACAACAGAUAGAGAUCAUCACUUUCAUCACUCUUAGCUGCCAUGGCGGACAUUCUCGCUGAUCUCAGGUCUUUAAUGUCUUCUCACUCUCCCCCUCUCGAUGCUCUUGUCGUUCCUUCUGAAGAUUAUCACCAGAGCGAGUACGUUUCCGAAAGGGACCAGAGGCGCGCAUUUGUUUCUGGUUUUACAGGAAGUGCUGGUGUGGCACUUAUAACAAUGAAUGAAGCACUGAUGUGGACUGAUGGGCGAUACUUCUUGCAGGCAGAACAGCAAUUAAAGGAUGGAUGGAAGCUCAUGCGUCUGAUGGAAGAUCCAAACAUAGAUGUUUGGAUGGCAGAUAAUCUUGCGGUUAGUGCAACUGUGGGUACCGAUACCUGGUGUUUAUCAGUGGAUACUGCGCAAAAAUGGGAGCGUGCUUUUUCAAAGAAAAAACAAAAACUGGUGCCGACGUCCACCAACUUGGUAGAUGAGGUCUGGAAAAGCCGGCCUUCACCUGAGUUUAAUCAUGUAAUCGUCCAUCAAUUAGAAUUUUCUGGCCGUUCGGUUGCAGACAAGUUAAAAGAUCUGAGGGAACAUCUGAAACAAGAGAAAGCUCGUGGUAUAGUUAUUACCACACUAGAUGAGGUUGCUUGGUUGUAUAACAUACGUGGGAGUGAUGUCCCAUAUUGUCCGGUUGUGCAUGCAUUUGCCAUCGUAACUCCUGCCUCUGCCUUUUUUUAUGUAGAUAAAAGAAAGCUGUCGUCUGAGGUAAACUCUCAUAUGAAAGAAAAUGAAAUUGAGGUGAGGGAAUAUGAUGCAGUGAGUUCAGAUGUGAUCCAUCUUGCAUCUAAUCAGCUCACAUCCUCUUUAUCCAAGAAAAAUGAAGCAGAAGAUGGACACAACUUAAUAUGGGUUGACCCUCGUUGUUGCUUUGCUUUGUACUCAAAUCUAAAUUCAGACCAAGUUCUGCUACAGCCCUCACCACUGGCUCUCCCUAAAGCUCUUAAGAAUUCAGUUGAGAUGGAUGGGUUAAAAAAGGCGCAUAUUCGGGAUGGUGCAGCUGUUGUGCAAUAUCUUGUAUGGCUGGAUAAGCAGAUGCAAGAUAAUUAUGGGGCAUCUGGUUACUUCAAGGAAGCCGAGAGUACAAGUAAUAAACCCUUGAAGGAUAACUUGAAGCUGACAGAAGUCUCUGCAAGUGACAAGCUAGAGGAAUUCCGUGCUUCAAAAGAGCAUUUUAAAGGUUUAAGUUUUCCUACUAUCUCAUCUGUGGGUGCAAAUGGGGCUAUCAUCCACUACACACCUGAUGCUAAAACGUGUGCUGAGCUUGAUCCAAAUAAAAUGUACCUAUGUGACUCUGGAGCGCAGUAUCUUGAUGGAACUACCGACAUCACAAGGACUGUUCACUUUGGAAAACCGUCAGCACAUGAGAAAGCAUGUUACACUGCAGUUUUCAAGGGUCAUGUUGCUCUGGGAAAUGCUCGGUUUCCUUCUGGAACUAUGGGUCCUACCCUUGACAUUCUUGCCCGACUUCCACUAUGGAAGGUCGGCCUUGACUAUAGACAUGGAACUGGUCACGGUGUUGGAAUUUUUUUGAAUGUCCAUGAAGGACCCCAUGGCAUUAGUUACAGACCACCACCCCGCAAUGUGCCUUUACAAGCUUCAAUGACAGUCACCGAUGAACCUGGUUAUUACGAGGAUGGAAACUUCGGUAUAAGAUUGGAAAAUGUGCUUAUAGUCAAGGAUGCUGAUACAGAGUUUAACUUCGGUAACAAAGGCUACUUGGAAAUGGAGCACAUAACAUGGGCACCAUACCAAAGGAAGUUGUUGGAUGUUGGUGCCCUGGUGCCUGAAGAAAUAAAUUGGUUAAAUGCCUAUCAUUCCCAAUGUAGGGAUAUCCUUACCCCGUUUUUGAAUGAAUCUGAGAUGGCAUGGCUAAAGCAGGCUACUGAAGCCAUUGGUGCAUGAGGAAAUGGAAUCAGUAUUAUCUAAACUGGUUGCUGUAAAAGUCCUUGCGUUCAAAUAGUUUACUGUAAGUUUGCAUCAUUUGUGUGUUUUCUGUCUUAAAAAAUGGCUGAGUCUUUCGGCUUGGCAAGUCAAAUUUCACCUAUAUUACGAUACGAAACUGCAAGCAUUGCAAAAGACUGACAGACCAGCUAAGUUUUAACUAUGCAUUCAGAUGAAAUAGAACCCAUGAGUACUAUUACAAUGAUACUCAUGGUAGGGUUAGGGGCUUUACAGCCUCAGUUUUUUAAUACUGCUAUUUUAGUAUGUACCCAUACAUUCUGACCUUGUUACCAAGGUUACUGGGUUAUAAUUAUCUUGAAGAACAUAGAUUUGCCCUCCCAAGAUAUUUUGUGAUAGGGUAUAUGUACAGGAGUCUGGUUCUUUUAUGUUUUAUAUCUUUACUGUGGAAAAGAAUUUGGCCACAAUUGCAUGUGAA